UAUCAAUUCAGGCCCAAUGUACAGCCCACUACAAACACUAUAUAAAAUGCUCUAUUCGAAGGAAUUAGGGUUUUGAAAGCUGCCUCCUCUUCUGCUCGGCAUCGAUUUCCAAAAUGCCUAAGCAGAUUCACGAGAUUAAGGACUUCCUUCUCACUGCCAGAAGGAAGGAUGCACGUUCUGUAAAGAUCAAGAGGAGCAAGGAUGUUGUGAAGUUCAAGGUUCGGUGCUCUAAGUACCUUUACACUCUUUGCGUCUCUGAUCCUGAGAAGGCUGACAAAUUGAAGCAAUCCCUUCCUCCAGGUUUGAGCGUGCAAGACCUGUGAGCUACUGAGUUGAAAUGUGCCGUCUGAAGAGCAUUAUUGGAGAAAUAUUUUUGAUAUUUUGAAAGACUUGUUAUUAACGUGUUGUGUGUUUUAAGAUUUCUUGAUUCGAAUGGGAACUUGGCAAUUUUGAUUGAGAGAUUGCAAUUGAUAUAUACAGGCUUUUGAUAUGGGGAGAGGGCUGCCGCUCUCUCAUGCAUAUCUUGUGAAGAAUGCUAUUAUUUAUUGCCGGGGAGCUUAGUUUA